CCGAUCUAUGCAAAAUUAGCAGUUGUAUUCGUACAGUAGCACCAUGAAAUUCUUGAUUAUUUUCGCUCUGGCCUUGGUCGCCGUCUCCGCCGAGGAGAUUUACCAACGUGACAUUGUUGUGCCCGUCAUUGAGGGUGAGGGUCGCAUUACCAAUGGCAACACUGCCACCGUUGGUCAAUUCCCCUAUCAAGUUGGUCUUUCCUUGAAGGUCAGCGCCUUGUCCUCGGCCUGGUGCGGUGGUUCUUUGAUUGGAAAUCGUUGGGUUUUGACUGCUGCUCACUGUACCGAUGGUAUCCAAUCCGUCACCGUCUACUUGGGCGCCACCGUCCGUACCUCCGCUGAAGUCACCCACACCGUUGCCAAGAGCGACAUCAUCAUCCACUCUGGCUGGAACAGCAGGACCUUGAAGAACGACAUCUCCUUGAUCAAGAUCCCCUCCGUGUCCUACACCAGUCGUAUCCAAGCCGUUAAAUUGCCCGCCAUUGCCAGCUCUUAUUCCACCUAUGCCGGUGAUUAUGCCAUCGCCUCCGGUUGGGGCAAGAUCUCCGACUCUGCCUCCGGUGUUACCAACAACUUGCAAUGGGCCCGUAUGCAAAUCAUCACCAACACUGUCUGUGCCGCCACCUAUGGCACCUCCAUUGUUACUUCCUCCAACAUCUGUGUCUCCACUCCCGGUGGUGUCUCUACCUGCAACGGUGAUUCUGGCGGCCCAUUGGUUUUGGAAUCUUCCAAGGUCCAAGUUGGUUUGACCUCCUUCGGUUCUUCGGCCGGUUGUGCCAAGGGUUACCCAGCUGCCUUCACUCGUGUCACCAGCUACUUGGAUUGGAUCAAGUCCAACACUGGUAUCGCUUACUAAGUGGGUUGUUAUUGGCAAAAUUUUGAUUAACGAAAAAUAUAAUAAAUCUGAAUGGUGAAUUAAAUAA